GCGGCCCCGCUGCUCCGCGCUUCACUCACACAUCAGCUGCGGACACAUUUCUUCCACAUUGGAGCUGUCUUCCGCCGACAUCGAGCGAAGAGGUGCAGCCGAUCCCAGGCCUCCAAUCCAGGGCGGAGGGAGGGAAGGAGGUCGCUGGGAAUCGGGAUGGAGACCGGAGAGGCUGCUGGCGGGCCUGGUGGACCGGACGGACAGGGGAUCCGGUUUGGCUGCGCCUCUUUCAACCAAGACUCCACGUCACUGGCUUUGGGAACAAAAAACGGCUACAAGCUGUUCUCUCUGACCAUGGUGGAAAAACUGGACUGCAUCCAUGAGAGCGCAGAGACUCCAGAUGUCUACAUCGUGGAGCGCCUGUUCUCCAGCAGUCUGGUGGUGGUGGUGAGCACCGCCAUGCCGCAACGUAUGAACAUCUACCACUUUAAGAAGGGGACCGAGAUCUGCAACUACAGCUACCCCAGCAACAUCCUGUCUGUCAAGCUCAACAGACAGAGGCUCGUGGUGUGCCUUGAAGAGUCCAUUUACAUCCACAACAUCAAAGACAUGAAGUUACUCAAGACUCUGCUCAACACUCCGUCCAACCCCUCAGGUCUCUGUGCUCUUUCUAUCAAUCAUUCCAACUCUUACCUGACGUACCCCGGCAGCGCCACCAUCGGGGAGAUCAUAGUAUAUGAUGCCAACAAUCUGAGCACAGUGACGAUGAUCCCGGCUCAUGACAGUCCUCUGGCAGCUCUCACGUUCAACGCCUCAGCCACCAAACUCGCCAGUGCCUCAGAGCGGGGCACAGUCAUCCGAGUGUUUUCCAUUCCUGAGGGCCAGCGUCUCUUUGAGUUCCGUCGAGGCAUGAAGAGGUAUGUCAGUAUAAGCUCUUUGUCCUUCAGCCCCGAUGGUCAGUUCCUCUGUGCUUCCAGCAACACAGAGACAGUGCAUAUCUUCAAACUGGAGCAAAUGGGACCAAGUGGAGAAGACGAUGCUGCCACCUGGUCAGCCUACGUGGGGAAGAUGUUCUCAGCAGCCAGCAGCUACCUCCCUGCUCAGGUCUCCGGCAUGAUGAGCCAGGACCGGGCCUUCGCCACCGUUCACCUCCUUUCAUCCGGCCAAAAGAACGUCUGCACCCUGGCUAUGAUCCAGAAGCUUCCGCGGCUGCUGGUGGCCACGGAUGACGGCCAGCUGUUUAUCUACAACGUGGAUCCACAGGAUGGAGGAGAGUGCAUGUUGGCACACAAACACAGGCUCUUUGGUAUUGAUGAUGACCAGUUUGAAGGUACAGAAUCAGAAGGAUCAGAGGUCACAGGGCCAGCACAGGCAUAUCCAUCUUAUGCUGCAACCGCUGCCUUACCAGCCUCUGGUCCCAUCACUGCAACUCUUACUGGUUAUUGUGAAGAUGGUGGAGCAGUGAAAGGCGAAGUCAUCCCAGAACACGAGUUUGCUGCUGGACCUGUGUGUCUGGACGACGAGAAUGAGUUUCCUCCUGUGAGCAUGCAGAAGUGUUAACUGUCAGCCAUAGCUAGUUCUCCUAAUUAACUGGUGCCGCGACGGGACUGGAGGUGGCCAGGGGAGGCGCUCGUGAGUGAGUGGGUAGAAGGACAAACAGACAGACAGGUGCCAGCGAGAGAGAUGAACAGCACAAAAAAAACAAAAAACAAGAACAGAACAA